UUCUGUGUAGAUUCCAGUUCAAUUACAACAACCAAUUCUGUCAGAUCAGUUGUUGCAUUUGAGCUCGAAUCUUUACCGAAGUUAUUCAGGAGCCGAAAAGCCUUUUCGUACGGUUCGACCGGGUGUGUAUUCAUUUCAUAUAAAAUUUGAUUAGACGGAAAUCACCAACGCUGCACUAUUUAAUUUGAAAAUUUAGAAAGUUCUUUCGGUUCAAGCCAUCUCAACUGGAUUUAUGGAAGAUUUUCAAACCACAACUUCAGUUCAGCUGAGCACUACCGUCAUCCUUCCGGAUGUAGUAUCAUGGAAAUUAACGGAACGUACCUAUAGCUGGAUUAGUAUAAUCUGGCUCCAAGAGCAAAGCUGUCCAAGGUUGGUCAAACGGAAAAGCCAAUUGUUACAACCGGUCGCUUCUCUGCAACGAACUCAUUCAAACUACGCCCAAAUCAAUUUUCGAAACCUACCGGAUCCGGUAGUAGCGGAUCUACGCAAUGCUUGCCUGCUGCUAACCGAAAAGGAAAGCGUCAAUGCUCGACCGGUCAUACACUACAACGGUCACUCGUUAGGAGAUUAUCGCCAACCGGAAGUAGUACGCUUCUGGUUGAAUGAUGACUAUUAUUGCGGGAAUGUGGAGCUGAGUGUCCAGGAAGUUCAACAAUGGUUGGGAAUGCCGGCAAUUUUUGUAUACGAUUGUGACUCAGCUGGAAGAUUCUUGGAGGGCGUAAAAUCGGACGAUAAGAAUUUUCAUCUCGCUGGAUGUAUGACAGACGAGAAUCUUCCUGAUAGAAAAGAUUUAUUUAGCUGUGUACUUUCGUCACCGGUGAAGGCGGCAUUCGAUUGGCACUGUGAGCAGUUUUUCGCAACGGAGAAGCUUCCAGCAAAACUUCCGGGAGAUUUGUGCGAUAGGCAGACACUGGUUGGUCAGCUGGAUUGGAUAUUAACGCUGUUAACUGAUGCCGUUGCGUACAACUUGCUGCCGGCAGAUCGCUUUCGACAGUUAUUCCGUAAAGAUGUCCUAGCUGGGGCACUAUGGAGGAGAUUUAUUCUAGCGCAGCGUAUUUUGAAGAAAUUUGGUUGCACGCCGGUUUCGGAACCGGUACUCCCAGACUGCAGUGAAAGUGAUUUGUGGAAACUUUGGGAUAAGACGGUAGAUCUAGCGGUCGAACUACUUCUUACUCAAGACGAACGUGAAUGUUCUCUCAUCGAUGAGUUCUUUGGUUGCGUGUUAAAGCAGUCAGAUCGAGAAUAUCUUUUUCUGAUCGCGCAAGCUCUGGCAUUCUCGGAGCAGUGUUUGUUUGCGCUGGACACUUUCCAGCGCUGCUGGCAAACAUCGAUAAAGGAUUCACAUAUUCAAGAGUACAUUUUGAAGCAGGUUGUGAUACUAUUGCGCUCGGAAGAUGAAAAAAUCUUUUACAAGACCGUUAGUGUUCUUGUGAAUGUUUUCAAACAAGAUAUCACAUUAGCUCGCCACUUGCAAUCAAUAGCAGAGGCUAAUCUGUGCGAAAAAUUGAAACCAGAAUCAGAAGAUGUUACUGUUCUACGGGUGCUGUCUCUACAACUGUUGAUCGAGCAAAAUUCACAUGACAGAAAUGUGAAAGAAACCCUUCUAACAAACUGCGUUAGUCUUUUCAAUCACAAAACACCGGAAGUUCGUAUGCUGUCUGCGUUGAUAGUAUCGACAUUGGCCAAUGUAAUUUCAGCUGAACACCGAGCCAUGAUUAAAAAUCUUUUAUGUGACUCAUCUCCAAAAGUACGCACGGCCGCUUUGGAAGCUUGGAUUUCUUUGAACUCGGACCCGAAGCAGAGCGACGAACUUGUUAGUAAAAUCCUUUCACUGAUUCAGACCAACUUUAGUUUGAUGGUUCGUAAUGAAUUGAUUCGCGAACUGAGCGCGAUCGUUGUUCAACGUGUGCCAGAACUAGUCGCAGCUUCGAAGCAGCAUCCCAAUUCGAAACAGCUAGAGCAGAUAAAAAGCAGUAAGGCCAAAGCCAAGUCCAAGUCCAAAAAUGCAGCCCAUCAAAAUAAAUCAGCUUCCAGUGCUGUGAUGGUGAAUAUGUGGUGCACCAUGAAUGCCCUUGUAACGGAUUCGGAUUCGACCAUGGCUGGAACGAUGCAAUCGUUGGUAUCGUUUGUAAAACAGAAAGCAGUCGAAACCGAAAUCGAAACCACUUAG